GCACCUGCCGGGCUGUCAGUGGCGGAGGCUGUGUCUGAGGGGUGGGACUUGAGAGAUGAAGCAGAGAUCCUUUUUGGAUACUGUGCUGAAGUUACCACGUUUCUGCAACUAUACCAGUUCUAGAACAAGUUGGAUACUUCCAAUUUGAGGGCUUUGUGACAGAAGAGGUUUGAGUGCCAAGAGACCUGAGGUAACUUGGUUUGGCUAAGAGCGUUUGGGGUAGCCUGAGCGUGUGUUACCGUUUCCCCUUGGCAUGUUCAUUUUCUUUGCUGUCACAAACGCCCGAGCAUAUGAACGAUUGCAAGAUAGGAAAGAAGCGAUUCCAAGACAGCACAGGACUGAACCCAGGACUGAGAUGUUUUCAAAUAAACAGAUGUGUAGCUAGGAACAGGAAAAUCUGUUUUUACCUGCAUGGUAGGUAGGUUGAGACAACUUGCUUUUUGGUCAGACCAUACUAGUCCUUCAUUUUGCGUAACAUCAUAAAUAUUGAGUGGUGAGGACCACUGUAGAUGCUGUUUCUAAGGUUCAUGUCAUUUAAAUUUUAAUUUGUCACAGUUUAAAGCAUUACUACAUAAAGAAAUGCUAGGGUGAAUCCGUGAAUCACUGAACGUGUCUUGGAUUGUGAUAUUUGGAGUUUAUUUAAAAUGCAGUACAAAUACUUAUUUGGAUUUGGCUUUACGUUGGAUAUAAUCCUGAGUCAUGCUUUAGAGGAGUGCCUUCUGUGAUGAAGAGUUCCGGCGUCUGGUGGUCUCUUGUGCAAGCCAGAUGCUCCCUGUGAUCCUCUCUUGUGGCGCUCCAGGAAAAGGAGGACGGACUGAGGGCGACUGGAAGCAAAUUAAGUGACCUCCUCUUCCAUACUUGCCCCGUCUCCAUGCCCAUGCUCUGAAUUACUUGUGUCCACACUCUCAAGUUUCUCAAUUAACCACAGAAAUUAUAUGUAUGCUACUGCCACUAGUAUUUUCACACUUGCGAGGUUACCCAUAAAUUUUCAAUUCAUGAUCUCACUUAUUUUUUCUCCAAGAAGCAGCUGGGCAACACAGAGUGAUUAACUCUGGGCCUUAUAAUUAGUAAUGAAGCCAAGUUGGCUUAAGGAUCCUCACCUGUGACCAUCUCUCUCUCUCCUGCUCUGGCCGCCUGUGGCCUCAGAGCCCAGGCCCCCAUCUGUCACCGUGUGGGCCAGUUGUUGCCCUUGUGUUGUGCGUAAGUGGUACUGUUACUUUUGGGAAUGUGGUAUUACUCUGUUUUAUCUUACAGAAAUUUAGGUAAGAGGAAUGGUAUGGUUUUGUGACUAUUUGUGGUAGCUCUUCAGUAGGAAAAGUCACUUAGAGCACCUUUUUUGUAGACCCCAUGGAGAGAGCAGAGAGAAAAAAGGAUUAGUUUUUGGAUGAAACGAUCUAUUUGUGUAGUGGUUAUGGUCAAGCAUAACCUAACGCCAUCAUCACAUUCUCCUUCUCUGCCUGGCUACUUAAACCAGCCUGUAUGUGAAUGUUAACCCAAAAGACUCCUUUAGAUGUUGCUGAACUAGUUACUAUAAAAAGUAUUUCACUUUCAAAAACUCCCACAUUUCAAGAACAGAGAAAUUCAGCACAAAGGUAAUUUUGAAGAAUCCCUCUUCAGGUUGUCCAGACAUUCCUGCUGCGUCCCACGGAGAGGAGCCCUUCCCAGAGCCCUCCGUUUUCGUGUUUGGUGGUGGUCUCGCUCUUUCUCCCCCAGCUCUCUGCCAGCCCAUCUUUUAUAUGGGGCCUUUGAAUCCUGUACUUUAGCUGUUGCAUGUGGCCCUUCUUCAGAGAUUGAAAGCCUCACCAGGGCAAGGGCCGUACUUUGCUGUUUCUGUGUAUCUGGCUGGCACAUGGGCCCCCGCGCCUGUACCUCCAGUGAAUGCUGGGUGAUGGGAGAAGGCCAGAGGUGGGCAUCUUAGCAGAACUUUCGGGUGACUGGCCUUUUAAAUCGCUCAGUUGUUCCAUCUGCUGGUCUGUCUGUCGCACCAGUAACUGGAUCAGGUGCACAUAAUACAGGUUGGUCAAAACCUCUUUCUUGGUUCUGUUACUUAAAAUUCUGUUGUUGAAGUCAGUCAGAGGAAUGAAAGGUGGUCGUAACAGCCCUGAAUUUGACAUUUGUUCCAUUUCUCACCCUAUAGCAUGUGGAGCCCUACUUGUACCCAGCUGCUGAAUGUGGAGAAUAAAAACUGACCCCACAGUUGUCUGGUUUACAUUUUAGCUUGUUUGCUUUGAAGAAUUUGCAAGGUAGAGAAAUGGAUGCUUGAGGCUCUGAUUUCAGCCCCUGCUGUGCUAUGCAAAUGUUCUCUACAUGCCUGAGUGACCUUUUGAGAAAGAGCCUUUGUGAUCUUCUGUAGCCAGGGCCUGUUCUGGGAAUGAGUGUGCCAGAUUCCUCUAAAAGUAGGGAAAAUGAAUCCAUUAAAAAAAACAAGACCACACAAACAAACAAACAGUGCUUUUCCUGGUUAAAUACUCUUAAGUCCAAGUUUCUUACUGUCUCUUGCCAAAGCUUUUGAAAUUUGCCCUGGAGUUUGCAUUGCCGGGUGGUUUGGGGUUUGAUGUGUGUGAAGGACUGACUGAAGCAGUUCAGUAGCUGGGAAACUGUUUAAGUGCUUUUGAAUUGUAGAUAAAAUAAAAAUGGCAUCAUUAAUAUCUGGGUGUUUGUCAGUGUCUUCAGGCGUUCCUUCCUAAGCACUGGCCUAGUGACUCUCAUGAUAGGUUGGUAAGGUUCUUUUCUGCCCGAAAUUGUGCUCCUAUGGUUUGGCAUUUUACUUGUUUUGUUUUUGUUUUGAUUGUUGUAGCAAAUGAAAUAUAUCAUUAUUAAAAGUGUAAUUAGGUUUUCUGUGUUACAGCAGAGCUACGCUUCUGGUGUAUUUCUCUUGGAAAGAGAUGCCAGUCUCUUGGAGGUUUAUGGCUUUUAAUGCUUUUACUAAGAUGUUUCGUUUAUGUAGCUGAAAUGCUUAUGAAAAAGAGUUUACUCUUCUCCUCUGUUAACCUUUUUGAUAAGGAUCGUCAUAGUUUUGUACCAGAUAAGGUUGUAGGGUUAAUCAUAAUGUUCUUCUGCAGGAAUUCUAAAAAUUGAAUUUUCAGAGAAGAUAGGUAGAAUUUGAAUAACUGGUUUACUCCCUAGACUCUUUCCUUUCCUUUCAAAGUUUAGGGUAACUCUUUCCUGUGUAAACAUUUGCCAGUCUCUUAGGUACCCAUUGUGGUAAGGAUGUUGGGGGACCCCUAGAAGACCUUUGGGAAAUCGUUUCUGCCCUAGACCUUUGCCUUAGAGCAAAAAUGAGGAUUUCUCCGGUGUCUGGCCUGCUGUUGGGUGAGAAAACCUUUCUUCUGCGUUCGUGGUGAUGCGCACUGUCACAUGUCUUUUUCUCUUUCCCAAGUUUCCCUGGAACCUGGGCUCCCCGAGACCGGCACUGGAGCAGAUGGAUAAUGGAGACUGGGGCUAUAUGAUGACUGACCCAGUCACGUUAAAUGUAGGUGGACACUUGUACACGACGUCUCUCACCACGUUGACGCGUUACCCGGAUUCCAUGCUUGGAGCCAUGUUUGGGGGGGACUUCCCCACAGCUCGAGACCCUCAAGGCAAUUACUUCAUUGAUCGAGAUGGACCUCUUUUCCGAUAUGUCCUCAACUUCUUAAGAACUUCAGAGCUGACCUUACCCCUGGAUUUUAAGGAAUUUGAUCUGCUUCGGAAAGAAGCAGACUUUUACCAGAUUGAGCCCUUGAUUCAGUGUCUCAAUGACCCCAAGCCUUUGUAUCCCGUGGAUACUUUUGAAGAAGUUGUGGAGUUAUCUAGUACCCGGAAGCUUUCUAAGUACUCCAAUCCGGUAGCUGUCAUCAUAACGCAGUUAACCAUUACCACCAAGGUCCAUUCCUUACUAGAAGGCAUAUCAAACUAUUUUACGAAGUGGAAUAAGCACAUGAUGGACACCAGAGAUUGCCAGGUGUCCUUUACUUUUGGACCCUGUGAUUAUCACCAGGAAGUCUCUCUCCGAGUCCACCUGAUGGAGUACAUUACCAAACAGGGUUUCACGAUCCGCAACACACGAGUGCAUCACAUGAGCGAGCGGGCCAAUGAGAACACAGUGGAACACAACUGGACUUUCUGCAGGCUGGCCCGGAAGACGGAUGACUGACCUCCAGCCCCGGGAGGUCCUGGGAGUGCACCUGCCAGGAGAUCCAGGAGGCUGACCUUUUUUUUUUUUUUAAAUCACAGUGUGAGAUUUUUUUUUUUUUAAUAUUUGUAUUUAUUUGAAGGCAUUGGGGACCAGAAGGAAGUUUUGUGCUUUAGCAGACUCCUCUAUGUUUUGUUCCCUUCACCCCAAGAGUGCAUGUGCCUGUUCCGAGCCUCCAGAUUCCUUUUUUUUUUUAAUACAAAGAAGUCUGAAAAUCAUUAUGGUCUAUAAUGUACCCUUAACAAAGCUUUCUUUCUUUUUUUUUUGCAGUGCUAAAAUGAUUUCUGAUUAAAUAGUCCCUAAAUCAACUAGAAGGCUAAAAAUGCAGGAGUGAAAGAAUAAACAGUACUCAUGAUGCCUUGGGGAAAAAUCAGAACAUCACGUAGGGUGACCUAGUUUUCAGACCAAUAAGCAGUAUUGUAAUAUUAAAGGAAAACUAUUCCAAUCAUGUAAAAGUACUUGUUAAGUACUGCUUUUUACAGUUAUGACAACUGUUUCUUUCUAUGCAUAUAAAUCAAGCAACCAAAUAUCUGUAGCCAUGGAGAUGUCUGACUAGAAAUAUUUAUAUUGGAUUCUGAAUACAAAACGUCCCUGUGGUAGAAAUCUCAACUUCUUAUGCCUGGUGCAGUAUAAUUGUCAAGUGGUACUGUCUACCAGAAAAAAAAAACCACAAUAAAAAUUGAAAUAUGA